AUGGGAGCGCUGGAGAAGGAGGAGGACGCUGCUCCUCCGGAGGAGAAGAAGAAGAAGAAGAAGAAGAAGAACUCCAAGGAGGUGUUCUUCUCCGUGCUGCCGGAUCGAUACGAGCCUCUGAUCGAGGAGGCGGAGGAGGAGAAGGAGGAGACGCCAGAGGAGAAGAGGAGGAGGAAGAAGAAGAAGUACAAGAAGUACAGGAAGAACGUGGGCAAGGCGCUGCGCUACAGCUGGAGCUGCCUGGUGCUCGGCCUGCAGAACAUGGCCUCCGUCUACUCCGCCCCCCUCUCAGCCGUGUCCAUCGUGGUGACGGAGGUCCGCCGCACCGCCGGCAGCAAAGCAUGA